UCUUCCAGAUUAAGAGAUGGCGUCUCAUUUUUCAAUGCCAUGCCCAAAUUAAGAGAUGGCAUCUCAUUUUUCACUGCCACGCCUAAAAUAAGUUAUGAUGUCUCAUUUUUAACUGCCAUACCCAAAUUUUGUGAUGACAUCUUGCUUUUCACUUCUACGUCCAAUUUAAGUAGUGAGGCCUUUCCAUCUUUUUUCCCAGUGAUGUCCAAAUUUAGUGAUGAUGUCCCUCCAGUUCUAGGUUAUGUCACGUCUGACUGCAGAGAUGAAGCUCUCCAAGCUUCAGUCUGUUCUGUAGCUGACUUGAGUGUCGGUGUCCCUCAGUCUCCACUCCACAAAACAUUCGACUGUAGAGACAAUGUCCCCCAAGCUACAACCUGUGCAACACCUGACUGUAGUGUUUAUGCUCCCCAAACUCCGUCAAGCCAGUUACAGGAUGAUGAGACAACAAUUAUUGACAUCAAUUCACACCGUUAUGAAAUCGGCUGUCAGUUGGGUAAAGGAGGCUUUGGAAUCGUGUACGCAGCAACUCGUUUGAAUGAUGGCCUACAGGUGGCAAUAAAAUUGGCAUCCAACAAGAUCACAAAGUUCAUCAGCAUUGAUGGUUAUUCUGGACGUCUUCCUCUGGAGGUUGCUUUGCAAAUUCUUGCAAAUAAAGGCCCCAGGGUGGAGGAAAUCGUUCAGCUUCUGGACUGGCGGCUGGAUCCUGACUAUUACUUUAUGGUCCUAGAGCGGCCCGUGCCCUGUCAGUCCUUGUUUCAGUAUUUAAAGUGCUACAAGGGCAUCAUGGACGAGGACUUUGCUCGAGUUAUAAUGAACCAGGCAAUAUUUGCGGCUCGGAUGUGCUGCCUUCGUGGAGUGUUGCACCGGGACAUAAAGCUGGAAAACCUUCUGAUCAACCCGGACACACUCGAAGUCAAAUUGAUUGACUUUGGCUGUGGUGCAAUCCUCACCGACGGGGGUUACACGUCCUUUACUGGCACAAGAGAGUACUGCCCUCCUGAGUAUCACAUGACCGGCCAGUACCACGGGGAACCAGCGACAGUGUGGUCACUCGGGAUCCUCUUGUUUGUGAUUCUUUUCCGUAAAUAUCCAAAGAGACGACACCUGCACAAGAUCAAUGAUAAAAACUGGACUAAAGCUGGCCUGUCGAAAGAAUGCUGCGAUUUAAUUCGCCGGUGUCUACAGAUCGACCCAAAGCAGCGGAUUGAACUGGGGAAACUCAGUCUCCACGACUGGCUUAUGGUAAAUACAUUCUGA